AUGAAGAGCUUCACCUCCGUCCUCGUCGCUGGCUUCGCCGCUCUUGCCCAGGCUGUUCAGCUUACCAACAGCAACUACGACGUCCAGGCUGGCGAGCCUUUCACUUUCACCUGGUCUGAUGCUCAGGGUCCUGUCACCCUCACCCUGAAGAACGGCCCCAGUAACAACCUUAACACCGUCCAGGUCAUUACCUCUGGCCAGUCCGGUACCUCGUUCACCUGGACCCCUCCUUCCACCCUCGCCACCGACCAGUACGCCAUUGAGAUCACCGACGGCACCGGCACUCCCAACUACUCUGAGCAGUUCACACUGACCACCGACGUGACUGCCUCGGCCUCCGUCUCCUCUGCCCUCUCCACUGUCUCGUCCACCGCCACCAGCGUCGUCUCUGUUUCUACCAUCACCUCCUCUGUCUCCUCUACCUCUGCCUCCUCCUCCGCUGAGAGCAGCGCUAUCUCCUCAGCUGCUAACUCCACCUCGGCCUCCACCGUCGCUACCUCGACCCGUGCUAGCACCCGCACCAGCGCUACCGGCGAAGCCACCACUACCCCCACCACCGUCCCUACCAGUGACUCUGUUCGCAUUGGGUCCCCCAUUGCCCUUAUUGGCCUCACUGUCGCGGCCAUGCUUUGCUUCCAGUAA